CAUUUUAAAGCAGCACGAAGGGGGACCAGAACCAACACAUUAUCUCUGACAGCAAAUUAGAAUAUAUAUUACAUGAUAAAUACACUAAAAGGAACCUGUGCUUGUCUUGUAGGAAGGAAGCAAGCACAAAACAUAACCACAAAGAAAAAUGGAAGUAACAGAAAGAGGUAGUUAAGUAAAGGACUGUGGUUAAUAAGUAACAGGCCACAACGGUCAUCCCCGCCCUAAAAAGCCUGCUGGCAAGCAGAGUGUUGUGUGUGCAGAGAGAUAUCGCUGAAAUAAAGAACAGGAAGAGAAGACAGAGCAGCGCCUUUCUCUGACACACUUUUUGGAUCUCCAGCCGUCUCAAGUUCCUCUUGUGUCCGCAACCGGAGGUCCCUCUCAUGGGCAAAGAGAAGGGCAAGCCCGGGCCCUUGGCUCGGAGGCCAGACAACUCGGCCUUCAAACAGCAGAGGCUACCCGCCUGGUCUCCCAUGCUAACAGCUAACACUGUGCUGCCCUUCUUCUACUUCAUGGCUUUGACAUGCAUGCUGCUGGGAGUAUGGCUGCUUCUCACAGUGCAGAGCAUACAGGAAAUAAAGCUGGACUACACAGAGGCCGGGACGUGCCAUUUAUGCUUUGAAAAGCGUAAAAAUGUGAGCAAUGCAGCGCAAACCUGCACCUGCACGGUGGUGUUUCCCAUUAAGAAAGCAUUAAAGGGAGAUGUCUUUUUCUACUACGGCCUCCAAAACUUCCAUCAGAACCUCCGCAGAUACAUGGACUCCAGAGAUGAUGGACAGAUGGUUGGCAGGAAGAAAAACUUAAAGGCACCAAGUUCAUACUGCGCGCUGUUUAUGAAUGACCCAAAUGGACUCCCCAUUGCACCCUGUGGUGCUGUGGCCAACAGUAUCUUCAAUGACUCCUUCACUCUGACCUAUCGAGAUCCCAGGGGUCCUUCGGUUCCGGUCCGUCUGUUGCGGAAAAGCAUCACCUGGUAUACGGACAAAAAUGUAAAGUACCGCAACCCGAAGCAUGACAACAUGACACUGGCUCAAGUGUUUGAAGGUACAGCACAGCCUCUGUACUGGCAGAAGCCUGCGUAUGAGCUCGAUCCCCACGACCCGAACAACAACGGCUUCAUCAAUGAUGACCUGAUCGUCUGGAUGAGAGAGGCAGCCUUCCCCAACUUCAAGAAGCUCUAUGGGGUUUUAUACCGAGCCAGCAAGCCCUUUACUAACGGUCUGCCGGCGGGGAAUUACAGCAUCGACAUCUCCUACAACUUCCCCGUGCAGUACUUCCGAGGCAGAAAGGAAGUGGUGCUGACCACGCUGACCUGGUUUGGAGGUCAGAACCAUUUCCUGCCCAUCGCUUACCUCGUAACCAGCUGCCUGAUCCUGCUGAUAGCCGUCAUCCUCACGGUGGCAUGGUGCAAGUUUGGGAAGAACGGGAAGAACAUGGAGGAAUGAAGGGUAAGACGUACACUCGGAUGAUGAUGAUGAGGGGUGAAAAACUCACAAGCAGCUGAAAAGUGAUAAUUGUCGUGCUGAUUUAAAGAGACAAUAAUCUGAAAGGACAUUAACAUUGAUGCGAGCAAAAUGAAGGUUAGGGAGAAUGGUUUUAAAAAGGAAGUUCAUGUGUUGGAAAACCAAUGGAGAAUCAAGUUUGACAUCUGGAAAAUGACUCUCCCUAAUGACCCACAUGUUUCAGGGCUUUUACUGUGAUGAUGUUGCUCUGAAGAACCCACUGAAAGCUUGUUGUGUUAGCAGAGGCUUCAAGCUUUCUUUUUACGUGUUGAUUUUACUUGAUGAACUUUUGCAUUUUUUAAAUACACACCAUACUGUCUAUGCACUAAAUAUGUUUUAAUGCCACUAAUUUGACCUCAAGAUAUGUGAAUGUAAAUGGGUUCUAUGGGUACCCACGAGUCUCCCCUUUAC